AUGUUUUCCCAGACCCCAUCAGCGCAUGGCUUUCCUUCCUCACUGUCACCAGCCAUCUGUGGGUACAUCACGGACAGAGUUCAGAAGCGUCAGAUACCAUUUCUCACGGGAGUGGCUGCCGUCGCCGUUGGAACGGCGCUGCUAUGUGAAAGCACCCAUGUAGCGUGGUGGAUCAUAGGUCGCAUCCUCCAAGGCGCGGCGGCCGCCAUCAUUUGGACCACUGGCAUGAAUCUUCUAGUGGACACCUUCGCCAACGACUCGCUGGGCCAGGCAAUGGGGUAUUCGUCCAUGGCAACUGUUGCUGGCACCACGACCGGCCCGCUUCUUGGAGGAGUUCUCUACGAGCACGGAGGAUACUACGCCCCUUUUAUCCUCGCAUUCGGGCUGAUCGGCGUAGACUUUUUCCUUCGAGUCGUCAUAAUUGACCCUAGAGGGAGGAAAUCUACAGAAAAUGAAGAGCCGCGUGGUCAUGGCAGAGACCGAAACGCAGAAGAAAAGCAUAAUGACCAUCAUCCUAACCCUCUUCAAGAGGAAAAAAGAGCCAGCUCAAAAGCUUGGGAUAGACUCUCCAGGCCCUCCAAUUAUGACGAGCCGCCUGCAGAGCAGCCAGCCGCUCGUCGAGCCGGCAAAUUCCGUCUUCUCUUCAGCUCACCACGGAUGUUUGUGAUCCUGUGGGUUUAUUUCCUAGUCUCGGUCACCGUCACUUCGUUCGAUAGCGUGCUUCCGCUCUUCGUUCGGGAUACCUUUGGCUGGACUCAAACUGCCCAGGGGUUGAUUUUCAUUCCUCUAAUGGUCCCCAACAUCCUCGAUCCUGUCUCGGGGUACCUUGUCGACCGAUGGCCUGCAUGUCGCCGAUUCCAGUCGUCUACAGCCCUCUUCGCCGCCGUCCCCGUGUUGGUCUGCAUGCGCUAUGUCACGGAUAAUUCAAUGCGGGACAAGGUGCUGUUGUGCGCUUUGCUCAUGCUGCUGGGUGUCUGUAUUGGGUUUUUAGAGCCACCGAUUAUGGUCGAGAUUUCGUCUAUGGUGGAAGAUCUAGAGGCACGCAACCCGGGGGCCUUCGACAGAGGCGGGACUACCGCGCUGGCAUACGGCAUCUCGAACAGUGCUUUUGCUGCGGGAUCAAUAACCGGGCCCUUCCUUGGUGGAUUCAUCCGUGAUCGUUGUGGAUGGGCGACCAUGUCGUGGACACUGGCUAUGCCUCUUGGGAUAUCUGGUGUACUCGUGUUGCUCUUCUUUCGAUAG